AUGUUCACCAAAAAGAGUCUUAUCGCCGACAACAAUGUCGCCAGCGCGGUUCACAUGACUGUUCGACAGUCCCUGCUGCCCAACUUAUCGGUCACCAUGCUCUUCUUCCUCUGGGGAUUCGCCUACGGUCUUCUCGAUGUUCUCAACUCCCACUUCCAGUCGUUACUGGAGAUCAGUGGCUCCAUGGCCUCGGGUCUGGCUGCCGCCUACUUCGGCGCUUACUUCAUUUGCCCACCCACCCUCUCCGGCUGGUUGCUUCGAAGAUUUGGAUACCGCGUCACUUUUAUUAGCGGCCUUAGUAUCCUCGCAGUCGGCUGCCUUCUCUUCUGGCCUUCCGGCUUGAAGAAGUCCUUUGGUGGCUUCUGCGGCUCGAUGUUUAUUGUUGGAUGUGGCCUGUCCACUCUCGAGACCGCCGCGAACCCCUUCCUCGCCAUCUGCGGUCCCCCCAAAUACUCCGAAGUCCGACUCAACCUCGCCCAGGGUGUCCAAGGCACCGGUUCCUUCGUGGCGCCACUCUUGGCCUCCCGAGUCUUCUUCGCCGAUACGAUCGACACCGAGGACUCUCUCAAGAACGUGCAAUGGGUGUAUCUCGGUGUUGCUGGUUUUGUCGCCUGCCUCAUCGUCGUCUUCUUCUUCAUCCCCAUGCCUGAAAUCACCGAUGCCGACAUGGCUCUGAUGGAGGGCGAAAUUGGCGAAUACGACCCCGGCCCAUUCCGCAAGCAGUACAACCUCUUCCUUGCUGUCUGGUCUCAGUUUUGCUACGUCGGCGCCCAAGUCGCCGUUGCCAACUACUUUAUCAACUUUUGCAUGGACCACGGCAAGACCAAGGCCCAGGCUUCAGAUCUCCUAGCUGUCUCGCAGGGACUUUACACUGCGAAUCGAUUUAUUGCAGCUGGUCUAAUGCUUAUCCCUGCCUUCAAGCCCCGUCUCAUCUUGGGAACUUAUCUCGGCUUGUGUGCUGUGUUCAUCACUGCAGCGAUUCCCACCAAGGGGACCACCGCCAUUGCCAUGCUUAUCCUGGUCUUCUGUGCUGAGUCUGCAUGCUUUGCUUGUAUUUUUGCCACUGGUCUUCGCGGUCUCGGUCGUCACACCAAGCGUGGCGGAUCGUUCCUCGUCGCUGCAAUCUCCGGUGCCACCGUUUUCACUCCCGCUACCGGAGCUGUCAUGGACGCCACCAACGCCUCGACUGCGAUGGUUAUCCCUCUUACCGGCUAUAUCUUGGCUUUUGUUUAUCCCAUCUACAUUAAUGUGUGGAACAAGGACCUCAUGGAUUCGCAUCGCGCGACUGAGGUUGGAAUCCAGCCCGACGAACCCAAAGAUAUUGAGUUUAUGAGCGCCACGCACGAUGAAGACACGAAUCAGAGGAAGCAAAUGACUUCCCAUGUUGAAUGA